AUACUGCAGACACAAGCUUGAGUAGAUGACAGGGAAAUUUGAUGAUGAUGAACAGGAAAGUUGACAUUAUAUAUAUCGGCGUCCCUGAGCCGAUAGCCGCCAGGCGCCAAGUCUCGUGACGCAAUGAGUCCCCAGCCGCUUCAUCGUCAUCCUUCCCCCAACCAUCUACAACUCUGCUUUUCUCUCCCAUAUCAACUUCAUCCAUUCACUCCUCCGUCGGCCCGAGCUCCAUCCUGUUUCAUCUACACUUCAGAUCUAAAACAGCUCCAUUGUCCGAAUAACCUUUUUAUAGAUUAUAACAAUUCUCGAUUCCCUGAAAGUCGGUCUGUACCUGGUGGCUAUGAAGUCUCUCGCCCUUGCACUCCUCGUUGGAGGUGCAAUCGCCGCCGGGCCGCAGCAACAGGUCCUCCAGGCACCAGUAGACAACCCCGAUGUCGCUGAACCACCACUCCAAACGAUCGCCGACACCUUUGACCACCUACGCGGACAGGCCACAAACCUCUGGAAUGAUGUAAUCGACAAAGUCCCAAAUAUCAUGGAUACCAUUACUCAUACCCCUCCACCCAAGAAAUUUAACCGUCGCCCGGAUUCCGAAUGGAACCACAUCGUCCGCGGUGCUGAAAUCCAGGCCGUCUGGGUGGAAGGCGACGAUGGUGAGAAGCAUCGCAAAGUCGGCGGAAAACUUGAAGCUUAUGACUUGAGAGUCAAGGCUGUUGACCCGAAAGCGCUUGGUGUUGAUACUGUCAGGCAGUACAGUGGAUAUCUCGAUGAUAACGAGAAUGAUAAACAUCUUUUCUACUGGUUUUUCGAAUCUCGCAACGAUCCUGAGAACGACCCGGUCGUUCUUUGGCUCAACGGCGGUCCUGGUUGCAGUUCACUCACAGGUCUCUUUCUUGAACUGGGUCCGUCGUCCAUUACAGAAGAUCUAAAGGUUAACUACAACCCGUACUCAUGGAACGCGAACGCGUCCGUUAUUUUCCUCGAUCAGCCCGUCAACGUGGGCUACUCCUAUAGUGGUGGCUCCGUUAGCGAUACAAAUGCUGCUGGCAAGGAUGUCUAUGCCCUUCUUACGCUAUUCUUCGAGCAAUUCCCGGAAUAUGCGAAGCAGGACUUCCAUAUCGCUGGUGAAUCUUAUGCCGGACAUUAUAUUCCAGUCUUUGCUUCCGAAAUUAUGGCUCAUAAGGAACGCAAUAUCAACCUCAAGUCCAUUCUGAUUGGAAACGGAUUGACCGAUCCUCUCACGCAAUACCCACUCUAUCGACCCAUGGCUUGUGGUGAAGGUGGAUACCCGGCGGUGUUGGAUCAAGCUAGCUGCCAAUCCAUGGAUAAUGCUCUGCCGCGUUGCCUUUCCAUGAUCGAAGCUUGCUACAGCAGCGAGAGCGCAUGGACUUGUGUUCCCGCUUCUAUCUACUGCAACAACGCAAUCAUCGGCCCUUACCAGCGCACCGGUCGGAACCCCUACGAUGUACGGACCGAUUGCGAAGGCGGUAACCUCUGCUACACUCAACUGGGAGAUAUUAGCAAAUACUUGAACCAGGCUGAGGUGAUGAAGGCGCUUGGCGCCGAAGUGAGCACCUACGAUUCCUGCAACAUGGAUAUUAACCGCAACUUCCUCUUCCGUGGCGACUGGAUGAAACCAUUCCACCGUCUCGUUCCAGGACUCAUCGCUGAGAUGCCCGUCCUCCUUUAUGCCGGUGAUGCCGAUUUCAUUUGCAAUUGGCUGGGCAAUAAGGCCUGGGCAGAGGCUCUCGAGUAUCCCGGUCAUGCCAAAUUUGCCGCGGCUGAAAUGAAGAACUUGACUAUUGUGGAUAACAAGAGCAAGGGUAAGGUUAUCGGCCAAGUGAAGUCCGCCGGUAACUUCACCUUCAUGCGCCUGUACGGAGGCGGACAUAUGGUCCCGCUCGACCAACCCGAGGCGAGCUUGGAAUUCAUGAACCGCUGGCUGAAGGGUGAAUGGUCGGCUAAAUCGUCAUCCUAGACUGUCUAUUCUAUACGUUUUUCAUAACGAUAAACUAUAGAUUCUAGAGCUGAGAAAGGGCGAACUGCCUGUGAUGCAUGCAAGGCCUUUUUUUUACGGGAUAUAUUUUAUUUUGAUACUUUCCAAGCAGUCCACAACUCCACUUCUAGCAGUGUCUUAUCGUUGUUCUCUUUUUAUUUUAAAGGGGUUUUAAUUAUGCGGUUUAUAUUAGUAUUUGCAUUUUGAGUUGCACAAGAUUGCCAAUUUCAUUCUUCUUAUCACGCAGCGCUAUCUCUUUUCUAUUUCACUCAUUUCAUGACAUUGUUUUUUCCUCAGUUCUAGUCAGCCAUUCCCACAUGAAAGCGGCAAUGCGGUCGCCUGGCUACUUAGGUAUAAUAUAACUAGAAGAAAUAACACAAUACAUAUACAUUAUGAAUGUGUAUCUUCUUUCCCGUCUCGGGGCGGCUGCAUCUGUUUCUUAGGGGAGAGUAGAACUUUAUUGAUUUAAAUUGAUGGUGUAGAUUAGAGCCAGCUGUAAGGGAUGUCACAAGAUACCUUUGACGCCUUAGAUAUAUAUUCGAACGCGCGUGCCUAAUACAUGUGGAUUUGGCAAUUAUAAUAUUCAUUGUUACAUUGAACUUCACGGUUGAGGGCAGAGAUGAGGGAGAAAGAGAGAGAGAGCAUCUAAAAUGGCCUGGCUCUUAUCAAGGAUAUAGCAGCUGACAAACAGAUCAGGCACAGUAGUACUAGCCCAAACUCACUGUGACUGCCUGGACAUUGGCUCUCUCUAUUGCAAUUAUCCCACCCCCUACACAGGCAUCGCAUCAUGCUUCCGCAAAACAGGCUCACUCAUAGUGAGGUGAGGAAACUGACAGAUGGAUUAGAUUCAUACAAGAUCUCUUGAUGGAUCAUUUUGGAGUUCAUUUUUUUGUCCUUCCAUUCAUAAUUAAAAAAAACACCCUCAUUUCAUUCCCAUAAGUGCCUAGCAAGCAAAUAAGCCGCAUAAAAGACACAAGGAGUACAUGCCGUAGAAAGCAUUGUAACUGACCAGUCCCUUACAAACAUCCCUCACCUCCUCUCCUCACACAAUCCCCCCAAAACCGAACCAACAAAAGAGAAAGAAAAAAAGAACAGGCAAGAAAAACGAGAAAAACAUGAAAAAACACCCGUUUAACCCUUUUUCUUGCUGACACCAACAGUCCGCCCUCUCCGGCCAGUGGUCUUGGUGUGCUGACCACGCACUCUGAGACCCCAGUAGUGACGCAGACCACGGUGGGCGCGGAUCUUCUUCAGGCGCUCGAGAUCCUCACGCAGCUUGGACUCCAUCUGGUUAGCGAGGACCUGAGAGUCCUUGCCGUCGGUGAUGUCGCGCUGUCUGUUGAGGAACCAGGUGGGGAUUUUGUAUUGGGUUGGGUUCUGGAUGAUGGUGACGAUGCGCUCGAGUUCUUCGGAGGUGAUUUCUCCGGCGCUGUUGUGGGGCAGUUUUCAUGUUAGUUUAUUACCCACAUAGAACGGCUUGACUUUCAAAGGGGAAGAGGAGAUGUGGCUCUUCGGGCUUCGGGAAAGGCUUCUUUGGUGACAUUGAGAUGGAUGGGUGGAUGGCUCCGAAAGAGGAAUGAAUCUCUCAUGGAGCAAACUGGGAGCGACUCUUCGGAUGGUCGUCUUGUAACAUCGACAUUCGUGGCCUCCAAUUGCCAUCUUUCAUUUUCCUGAUCCCAAUCCAAUCCACUCCCACGUCAAAUUUUUUCGAAUCCAAGUACCCAAUCCCAAUCCCAAUCCAAGCCCAAACCGACUUCCCGAUCCUCAUUGUUCCGUCCAAAAAAGGUGUUCCAAGAACGGCCCCAAUAGGAAAAUGAAGUGGAAUAAGAGAAGCAAAAAAAAAAAAAAAGAACAAGCAAAAACCCACCGCUUAGUCAAAUCAACAUCCGCCUUCUUGCAAACCAGGUUGGAAUAGCGACGGCCAACACCCUUGAUCUUUGUCAAGGCGUACAUGAUCUUCUGCUUGCCAUCGACGUUGGUGUUAAGAAGACGAAGGAUGAACUGGAAGUUCGUCUUCUCGCCGGACACGAGCGCUGUUUCAAUAGCCCUUUUCGUCAGCGAGCGACUUCCUCUUUAACUUUUCGUGGAGGAAAAAGUGCGCAGCAACGGGGGAGCCAAUACGUACACAUGAUGGGCGAUAUAUGCGGCGCACGAGGCGGGUAUAUCGUCGCUUGGCUUGAAAAGGGGAGGGGUUGUCGGAGAGUGUAGUCGAGGGUUGGUUGACGGACAGGAGGUUAGGUGAUGUUCUGCUCGUCGUUGAGAAUGUUUGCCGUUGUGGGAUCGAAAAUACUCGGCUAGCUGGAAACAGACUAGCGCGGGUCAAGGCUUGGCGUGGGUUCGCUUGGAGAUUAUGUAAGUGGAUGUUGCGGUGUGCCAAGACGUCGCUUACCCAAAAUGGGAAUUAUUUCGGGCGCUCGUGGAAAUGUAGAUAUUCUGCGCACGUAUAUCCUACUAUCUACACUUUUUCCUACUUUUCAAAACAAAUUUCUCGCUCGGGUUGACAGUAUAAUUCUAAAAAAGAAACCAAAAAAGGCCAACAUUGGCUGUACAUUUUCGGGAUCCCUGUCAAAUCAUCUCCUCCACAACCAAGUCUAAAAGGAAAAAAAAAAAAAAAAAAAAAAAAA